UGCAUGUCACGGGAAAAAGUAGCAGUUCAGUAUGUUCCCAAUUAGUGAGAGGGAGAUGUCCUAGGCUUUCGCAGUGCUGGACUUUCACCAGUACCUACGCGUCAUUACGCACAGACGUUUGUACCGUCUCCUUGAGAGACGGCGAGUUUAGAUUUGGGGAAAGAAGACAGAACUGGCCAGAAUGACAUGGGUGUUAAGUGACAUCGUGUGCAACCCGGCGUGGAUUGUCUCCACGGUGAUCCUAGGACUGGUGGUACGAUCUCAACGGAGAGGCUCGUGGGAUCCACGCGCAUGUAAAGUGGAACUGAAGGGGAAAACGGCCAUUGUCACUGGCGCUAAUACAGGCAUUGGCAAGUUCAUCGCCCUGGACUUUGCGCGGCGAGGUGCACGAGUGAUUCUUGCGUGUCGCAGUGAGACUCGUGGGACUACGGCCCUGAAAGAGAUCCGGGAGCUGAGCGGGAACGCUGACGUGCACCUGCGUCUGGUGGACCUCUCUUCUCUGGAGUCAGUGCGAGAGUUUGCCGCCACCAUCCUGGCGGAGGAGAAACAGCUGCACAUCCUGGUGAAUAACGCUGGAGCCUCAGGUUUACCUAAAGGUCUCACAGCUGAUGGUCUGGAACUUUCCUUUGCCACAAAUCAUGUCGGACCAUUCCUUCUCACCAGCUUACUACUGGACCUCUUAAAAAGCUCCGCUCCAGCCCGCAUUGUCAAUGUAGCAUCUUCUAAUCAUCAGCUGGGGACAAUGGACCUCGCUCAUUUCCAUGGCAACAACCUCGGCUUCCGUGUGGACGAGGUGUAUAACCACACAAAACUCCACAAUGUCCUGUGGACCAAAGAACUUGCCCGGCGCCUCAAAGGCACAGAUGUGACAGCAAACUGCCUGCACCCUGGCGUGGUUAUGACAGAGGUGAUGCGACACUACAGCUGGAAGCUGAGGCUUAUUUUCAACCUGAUUGGCUUCUUCUUCUUCAAGACUGCUGAAGAGGGGUCCGUGAGCACCAUCUACUGUGCGGUGGCAGACGAGACAGAGGGAAUCUCGGGGAAGUACUUUGACAGUGACUGUGCCCUGGUGCUUCCCUCAUCGACCGCCCAGGAUCCUGCCCUUGCCCUCAAGAGCUUUGAGUACUGCGAGAAACUGACUUCCAAACUUUAAAUUUCCAAACGUGACUCUAGUUCUAGUCAGGCCGGCGCAGUCCUUUGUAAAGCACCCACCUCAAGCUUCAGAGACAGCUGAGGUUAUACAGCAACUGCGGUACAAUUAGCUGCUAUGGACUUGAUAUGUCAGGACUUAUCUUUGAUUUUUUGAAAUAAUCAAACCAUUGUGCUACAAUUGUGACUGAAUUCAAAAUAGGAAGGAAGAAGGGUUUUUUUGAAGGGGUGUGUGGGAUGACUGAUGUUACCUAUUCUCACUUACCAGAGCAACUACAAUUGUGUGUGUAUCUUUUUGUAUAUUUAUAACCAAGUAAACUUCAAUAAAGUUGUAUUAUUUCUGUGA